GAGAUCAUCAGUUCACCCUCCCAAGCAAACCAACUAACGACAACUACCCUUCCAAGCAACUCUCCUCUCUCUCUCUCUCUCCUCUUACUUUCGGAAAAUAUAUAUAUACACACCUACAUAUACAUAUACGACUAUAUAUAUAUAUCAUAUAUGUCAGAGAGAAACUUCCGGUCAACACUUCCGGCGAAGAACCGGAGAUCCAGACCGCCACAUCCGUCUCCGUCUACUCACCGGCCGGCUCGACGAUCUUCAAAGCAAUCGAAGGCCGUCAAGAUUAUACGGAGAUUUGAUUCGGAGCCUAAUCUUUGGACCGUCGGUCUCGUCGGCGCCGGAGACGAGCAUCGGAACUUGACGGCUCCCGACGCCCUUUUUUGCCGUGGGGAGUCUUCUAUGUACAUAUUCUCGUCUCCCGAGUUAUUGCCUCAAUCUCCCCAAAAUAUGGAGGGCUACAACAAGGAGGCGAAGGUGGUGGUUAAUGUCGCAGUUGAAGGAAGUACUGGACCAAUUCGAAUUAUGGUCAAAUUGGGAUCAAACGUGGAGGAUACAAUAAAGCUUGUAGUAAAAAAGUACAGUGAAGAAGGGCGUAGUCCUCAGCUCGGUAAAGAUGCUGCUUCAACCUUCGAAUUACACCACUCAUACUUCAGUCUUCAAAGUUUGAAGAAAUCGGAUGUGAUUGGAGAUGUCGGUAGCAGAAGUUUCUAUCUUCGGAAGAACAAUGGUGAUCAUAGCAGGGGAGGAGAAAUUGCAUCGGCUUCUUUCAUCUCAGAAAGAAGUACUGUUUCAGUAAGGUCAAGUCCUCCGACUCCUUUCUUUUUCCUACCGGCUUUCGUAGCUCGGAAGAUCAGCAAAAUUAUAAGAAGAACGCAUAAACUUUGGAAGAUAUUGGGAUGCAUGCAUUGUAAUGGAUGAUUCGGCUCAGAUCACACCAUGUUAGAGUAACAUAGCAUUAUUAUUAAUUUAUUAUGUUACUCUAUCAACCAUUUUUUUUUUUUGGCGGGUAAAACUGUCAAUCAUCUUGUUUGCUCUACUGGCUUUCCAAUUUUUCUUCUUUUAUUCUUCUCCCAAGCACAAAUUUCUUUACCAUUCUUCCAUUUGUGAAUACACUCAACAUGUUGUACUUGCUCUUCUUAUUUUACAACUUCGUAAAUAUGUAUAAACACACACACACAUGUUUCAAUCUUUAA